CAACCGUAUUGUUUCAUGUUUAAUUAUUAGUGGUACCCAACGUUAAUUACAGACGUUCAUAUUGUCUUCAUGGACAUUAUGAUCGUGCAAUAAAUAGAGGGGGCGUUAUCUCCUAAUCCUAUGACGUCACAAAGCAAACAUUUCUUUCAACAUCUAUUUGUCUUUCCGGGUCUUGUUCCAUCCUGAUAUCUGCCAAACAAAUAAUUCUGAUAUCUUGAUCUAACUAUAGAAUGGGGAAAAUGAAUACUCUUUCGAGCAUAAAAUACUGUACUGUUUGCCUUCUUCUAAUCCUGGUAAUACAAUUCUGCUUAACCCCAUGUAUGGGCCAAAAUCUCAUUGGAAUUGAUGACAUACCGGCAUCACUUACUUCUUGCGAUCGAGAGGAAGAUUCGAUGACAAAGGCAAAUUAUGGAUGGCCAGUAGAUAUUUCAUGCAGAGCAUUAUCCAACAAAUAUCACCAUGCAUUGAGUUUUGAAGAAGACGAAAGCCUUCGCUCAGAGACAAUGGCGUGCAUUAUUCGAGAAAUUCCAUCUGGCAAUGAGAUUCACAAUAAGUCGGUAAUUUACGAGCCGUUUUUUCGAGAAGAUCAAAUCGAUGGGCUUGCUUAUUUUACUGAAGAUAUAACAGAAGAUACACCAUCAACUUAUGUGGUGCAAUAUACGAUUGCUGAUCACUGCUCAUAUCAAAUUGUGCAACUCCAGAAAACAGCUCUUGUGAAUCCGAGUUGUAACAAUUAUACGGAAGAGUAUAUAAAUAUAUUCAAAGCUGACUUGGGGUCUGUCAUUACGCCAAGAUGCAGAACAGCGGAUCCCGUGUUGUCAUACUUGAAGAAUACAGGACAGCUCACGUACAAAUGGCUGUAUAACUGCGGAGAAGCAAUGAACGACAACGUCUUACAACAAGGAAAUGGGGUUGCAAUUCAACAAAUCACGUAUGAGGAGACCGGUACCUAUACUUGUAUUGUAGUUUACAAGGGACAAGAGAUGUAUAACAUGCAGCAUCACGUUUGUGUACAAUUUGAUAGCACAGCAGAGCAAGGUUUUUCAAUUGAAUGUCCAGAAAUUCUACCGGUUAAAAUUGGACACGAUAUGCAAAUUACAUGUCACGCCGAUUUAGGACUGGGGAAAGCAAAUCGUAUAUUAGUGUCUUCUGAUUGGAGCAAGACUGAAAACACCUCUGCCCCUUUGUGUCAAACUAUGAAUGAAGGAAUCCUUUUUAAUUCUACCUCGGAUCCAAGAUUGAAGUGCAUGGCAAUCUCGAGCGUGGAAGAAUCCGAAUGUUACAGCCCAUCAAAUCCUCAACCAGCUGAACCCCCACACGAUAUAUAUCAAGUUUUAUUAACUAUAAGCAACGUUACGCAAUCAGACCUGGAUUCCUAUACGUUAAAGUUUACUUAUUCAUCUUCCAAAUUGUUUGCCAACGUAACAUUGAUUGAAGAUAGAACAGAAAAACUCGCCGGGGAAAUUGCAGCAAUUACAACCGGGGUCAUAUUUUUCUUUCUUUUACUUCUCCUGAUAUUACUCUGUAUUUGGAAAAAACAUGAUGUCCUGUGGUAUUGGAAAAAGCAUUUCGGACCAUAUGAAAGAGAAAUAUACACGUAUACGGCUUAUAUUGCAUAUUACUAUGACAAUGACCCUCAAAAGAUGACGGAUAAAUCUCGAAUUCAUACAGAAACAUUGGUGCCAAAUGUCGAAAAAUAUAUCAAUCAGUUACACGGAACAACCUAUAACGAUCAAAAACAGGUCAACAUGACUCAAUAUGAUGCUGAGAAUCUAAUGCAAGUUUUAGCGGAUUGUCAUCGAAUUAUUAUAUUGUUAUCACCGGAAUACAUCAAUGAUCACUGGAGUUUGCACACAACACAUCAAGCUCUUGAAGAGGUUGUGAACACUGGUAAAAAGUUGAUAUUCGUCACAAUGCCUGGAGCGAAGAAGGCAAUAUCUCUUUCGGAUGCAGAAACUAAACAAACGUUGUAUUCGGCAAUGAAGCGGAAUAUAACAGUUAAUUGGUCCGGAAAAGUACCAUUCGUAGGUACUUUCAAACGUCGAAUGGAAUAUGCUCUUCCGAAGAUGCCACCACCGGGAUAUAACAGAUGUCUGUCGGACUCAUCUGAAGCUCAUUUGACUAUGCAUAAUAGACACACAGAAAGACAAAUCCCGGUUUCAGAAAAUGGCUACGUCAAUGGCUUCGAUUCUGUGUAAAUCUUCGCUUACUCAAAGUAUGGGAACGAAAACCAUGAUGUUGUAAAGAAAGUAAAGCAGCAUCGCAUAGACUGUUGGAAACAUUUCUAUUGAACGGGAUGUGAAAUACCAACCAGCAUGAACUCACCGUGGUUUAUUGCAAGACACAAUACAAGAGAUUGCGCUUUAUAAAAAAGAUGAACAGACAUUCGCAAAAUAUACAUAAACAGACAAUCGAACACAAUACACGAGUUUCAAAAAGCCAUAUAAAACUACUAUCAUAUAAGAAUGCGUGGGAUACAUGCAAUUGUUGAAGUACUGGUAUCCACGGCAUGUUGUAAUUACCAAUGCCAGUAUAUUUUUGGUGCCGGAGCGUUUCAUAGAUUAUGUCAAUUUAUUACUGUAUAAUAUUGCAUAUGCAUUUAGGUAUAUAUAUAUGCCUUGCGCAUAUCUUUGAUUUAUCACAUUUAGGAUUUGAAUCCAGCGCAAUUGUUGAUUACCACAAGUUUGUGUUUCUUUGUAAAAUGUGAUUUCAUAUGUGUUUAAUAGCAGAGAAAAGUGAAACACGCUUGGGUAUAUAUACAUAUACAAUCGGGUUACAACUCUGUGACGGGCUGAUGAUAUUUAUCCAUUUAAACAUUCCAAAUAUAUUUACAUGGACAUGGUUGUUGGAGAAAGUGGCAACCGUAUAGGUUAGUUAGGUGGAUCUUUCCGUGUAGUAUUUCCUCGUCUUCUGUAUAGGAUUUAAAUGCGAUUUCAUACGCUUCGGGGUUACUGAUCAUUUCGCUGGAUAAUUUAGUUUUUUUUUUCUUUAUUAAUUUGUGAGUAAAUAUAUAAAGAUAGCCAAAGCGUCACCAAAAUAAUAUGCAAAAACAUCUGAUAUUACUUACUUUUUGUCAAGUUUCAAGUAUCGCUAAUAAUAAACUUUCACGCAGCCUAUUAACCGCAUAUUGAGAAGGGCUGUUGGCUAUCCUUCAAUGUGAUGAGCUGAUUUAGUGUUUAUAUAAAAUUAAACAAAAUAUAUUAUUUGUGAACUGAGGUAUAAUUUGUAUUUUCAAAACGAUAUCCCAAAUAUGCGUUAAUUUUUUUUCUGAAAAAAAAAAAAUAAAUACUAGACUGAUUUAUAUGAUCUAAAUCAAUUUCGACAGAGUUUGGUUAUAUAUGUUUUAUUAGAGGUGCAUACCAAAAUAUUAUUUUUUAAUCAUAUUUGCAGUUUUUCCCUUGUUUGUUUUUGUUUAUCUUACCCAAUAAUAAAUUACUCAUGUUUUCUCUUGAAUUUUAGAAUAAUAAGACUUAAAUACGAGGAAUAGACUAGACAAAGACUCUUGGAUUCCAUAGAAUGAUAGCAAGGCGAUUGUAGUAAAAUGCACAUCUUAUUUAACUCAUUCGUAAAAAAUCCGCAAUGCCACACACUUUAUCCGAAGUAUUGAACACAAAACCGCCUAGUUAGUCGCACACAAGGGAUAAAAUCGGUUCUCUUGAACGUAAAACGCCAUGUAUAAAUUUCCAUAAAAAGAUUGUUUAAUAAUCAAGAAUUUUUUCAUAGUCGCUGAUUUCCCAAGAUUCUAAUUGUAACCUUCGAAGCUUGAAAUGAUAUUUAGAUAUUUUCACUUUGACUUGAUUUUAUUAUAACUUCCAUUAUCUUUAUUUGAACCUACAUAGCCGACUUUUCCACUUACGGACAUUAGCAGCUGCAUACGGAUUGCACCCGGUAUAAGAAAUUUUGCGUAUGAGACUUUUUAGAUGAAUCCGAUUAUAUAUGUAUUAUGGAAAAGAAGACUAUGUGUCAUAUAUAUUGAACCUAUUAUACCAACAGUGAGAAGCUGGUCGU